CUAAUGUCUGAUGCCUGUCGAUCUGAUCCUCCAUUUGAUCAUCAAACGUGGUGCUCUUUGAAAAGACUCUAGGUGGCCAACCUGCUCGCACUCUCGCACUCUUGCACUCUCUGGCUCUCGAGCCUCCUUGUUUUCCAUCUUCCGCUUGGGAUCCUCCUUCGACAUGACGCACUCCAACGGUCCAUAGCUAAUCGCCUUCGUGGACCUGUGCUUGAAUCCCUACCAUCAUGUUCGUUACAAUGAGUGGUGGUACGGGCACCAGGCUCACCGCCGUGACUAUCAUCUUGACCGGAGUGGCCUCCCUGGUUGCUACUUUACUGUCCUUCCUAUCCAUUUGGCUGCAGUCCAAGAACUACAGAAAACCACUUCUUCAGCGAUAUGUCAUUCGCAUUCUUCUCAUGGUCCCUAUCUACGCCGCAUCAUCGUGGGCUUCCAUCGUCUCCCUCAAAGCUGCCUUCUACCUUGACCCGUUACGCGAUAUCUAUGAAGCCUUCACCAUCUACACCUUCCUGCAACUCCUGGUCAACUUCCUCGGCGGAGAACGAUCCCUCAUUGUCAUGAUGCACGGGCGGCCACCAGUUUCCCACCCUUGGCCCUUGAACCUCUAUCUUUCAAAGGUUGACAUCUCCGACCCUCAUACCUUUCUCGCCAUAAAACGUGGCAUUCUUCAAUAUGCCUACCUCAAACCCAUUCUCAGUAUUGCCACAAUAAUCCUCAAGCUGACCGACACUUAUCAAGAGGGUUACAUCGGCCUCACCUCAGGCUACCUUUGGGUGGGCAUUCUCUACAAUGCCAGCGUCUCGCUCAGCCUAUAUUCUCUCGCCAUGUUCUGGGUCUGCAUGCACCAAGACCUCAAGCCUUUCCGCCCUAUGCCCAAAUUUUUGUGCAUCAAGCUCAUUAUUUUUGCCUCAUACUGGCAAGGCUUCUUCCUAUCUAUUUUGCAAUUCCUCGGCGCCAUUCCAAGCAACGUUCCGGGCUACUCCGCUGACAACUUGGCUGCUGCUAUUCAAGACGCUCUCAUAUGUUUCGAAAUGCCUAUAUUUGCCGUCUCGCACUGGUACGCAUUUUCGUGGCAUGAUUAUGCUGAUGACACCAUUUCUGCGGCGAGGAUGCCCGUCAAGUAUGCGAUCCGAGAUGCUUUUGGCAUACGAGACUUGAUUGAAGAUACCAAGGAGACAUUCCGAGGAAAGCAGUAUGACUACAGAAGCUUCGACUCGGGCGACAAUGUAAUCGCCCACGAAGAGUCUGACUCGCGUGUAGCCCGUAUGAUGGCUGGCAUGCGUUACGAAAGGGGUGGGAAGGGCAAAUACUGGAUUCAGAAGCCUGGUCAACCCAGCAGCCGUACUCCGCUACUUUCUGGCAACCGGACGUCGAGAGCACCCGCACCAGAAGCCAGAGGUCGAGCUGGCGACUACCGCGCUGCCGACCCUGAUUGGGAGAUCGCUAUCGAUGCCGAAGAUGAGAGCCUGUACAACAAUGCUAGAGCUUUGGAAUUUGGCGACUGGAACUAUCCCGUCAUCACCGCCCACCAGGCGCGUCGAGAAGAUUGGCUUUACCGUUCGCCUGGUCUUCUGACCACCUCGACAAAUCGUAAUUUAUUCCAACCAACCAAAGACAAUAAGGCUCGGCGUCGGAAUGAGAUCCGGCAGAGUAUCAACAAAGGCAAAACUCGCAGCUCCUCUGCUUCUGGCGAAUCAUCUGACAACCAUAGCGGAGGAGCUGUUGAGUCCAAGUUAAGGCGCGAUCGUUCUACUGCCUCCCACAAGUCAGAUCAAAGCCAGCUGGUUGAUCUGGUGGUCGAAGACACAGAGGCUGAGGAAGCUGAGCUGGUUCGAGCGAGAAAAGAAGGCGGGGAUGUGUGGAACAACAGCCAGCAGAAGCACUUUGUAAGGACGUACAGCAUUGACGAAGAAGCACCAGAAGGACAAGAGAUACGGGAGGGGUUUGAUCCAAGCAAAGUGGCGGCAAAACAUCCACCGCCAGAACAUGCUGUAAGCGACGAGGAGGACGAAGACGAGGAGAACGUUGGAGGUGGCGCCGGUUCAGGCAAGCAGCCUACAGGACGUUACGGAAGUCUAAUCGAGGAAGAGAACGUUUGGAACCGGUAGUGAAAGCAUUGUUGGUGGGCGUCUGGACUAAACCUUGGCAACGAUUAUGGAGCGUUUGAGCGAAUACCCUGGCGCGUGAACUUCUCUUGGGCUCAAGAAUGGAAGAAACUUGGAUUUCAAAACAUUCUGUUGCGUGCAAACAUGAUCAUGUGUUGAGGAAUGUCAUCCAAGAUAGGCAUUCCAACCCCUGUUGGUGCCGUGUCCGGGCUUUGUUUAUGGAAAGUCAUUGUUGGGGCGGGUCACCAUAGCUACAGCUGGCAUUUGUCUUCUUUUGUUUCAACUUGGAAGAGGAAACGCUGGAUCUGUCUUCGACUCCUCUCAAGUUGAGUUUUCCUGCUUCCUGCUUCACCAGCAAUGGGCAAGGAAAUUAUUGUGUGAUGUGUCGCGGUCUCCUUUGCGCUUCUUAAGGUCUGGAC